ACUAUGAAGACAUUUACCCUAGUUACGAUUACAGCACUUGCUGCUCUCGUCUCUGCGCACCCAGCACAGCCUGCGGUACUCGACUCAAGACAAGUACCCGUACCAUCGCCAGAGGGAUGUGGGCCAUGCCAUCACCCCAACCUACCUCUACGAGGAGGAUGUUCGGCCGGAACGUCUGAAAAGAUCUUUGGCUCUUGCAAAGCGUGCUGCAGGAACUAGGCCCUUUCUAGGCGCAAUAUGAGGGUGGUGUGGAUGGGGGUUACGGGAUGGAUGGUGGUUGUCAAGAUGGGAGAGAUAUGUUUGAUAGGGCUAAGUUGUAUAUGAGAGGACAAAAAAAGAUGGAGAAAAUCAAUAAAUUUCCAUCACCCACAGGUAUUUCGACUAUGCCUCCAAGUCCCAAUUAUGUAUGAAUUGGACGUGUUUGUUUCC